AUGGCGACCAGCCGAGAACGACGCAUUGCGAAAGAGCUCUCCGACAUUCGAGCCGACAGGGACAAGUCAGGCGUGUUCGCCGAGCCCAUCGACGCCGCCGAUCUCACGAGGCUCAAGGGCACAUUCCCCGCGCCGCCCGAUACCGUGUACGCCGGAGGGACGUACCAGGUUGAUAUCCAGAUUCCCGACUCGUACCCGUUCAAGCCCCCCAUCAUCCGGUUUGAUACCAAGAUCUUCCAUCCCAAUAUCAGCAGCCAGACGGGUGCCAUCUGCCUCGACAUUCUCGGAACAGGCUGGUCUCCCGUGCAGACGAUCAAGUCCGCUCUCAUCUCCCUCCGCAUGCUUCUCGAGUUCCCGAACCCCAAGGAUCCCCAAGAUGCCGAGGUAGCCAAGAUGUCUCUCGAAUACCCCGAGCAGUUUGCCCGGACGGCUCACGAAUGGGCCGUUAAGUACGCCGGCGCUCCACGUAAAGAGAUAGACUACUCAAAGUUUAAGAAGGACGAAAGCAAGCCUAAGCAGCCUGCUGUUGAUUACAAGGGGUAUAACAAGGACCUCGUGGACCGUUUCGUCAAUAUGGGGUUCCCCGUUAACGACGUCGUCGAUGCUUUCGUCUACGUGGGUAUUGACCGCAAUGGCGGUGAAGACUACGAGCUAGAGGAGGCAUACAUGGGCGAUAUUACCGCCCGUCUUCUCGGAGAGAGCUGA